AGCCGUAUCAUUAGUUUAUAGCUCUUUGACAAGAAAACAACUUUAACUAACAAACGCUUAUUUAUAUUAAACAUGAAGUUCUGCACUAUUACCGUUUUGGUCGUUUUGAUUGUUGCAACAGUCGCCCAUCCACCCGGUGCGUCCGAGCAUGAUGAAAACCAUCAACAUCACGAACACGAAUCUAAUGAUAACGAUGAAAAACCAAUAACGGAAGCUGCAGUCGAAGGAAGAUCAGUCAAUGAGACAAGACUACCCGUAACCAUUUAUUAUGAAGGAUUGUGUCCGGAUAGUCGAAAAUUGAUGGCUGAUUUCGGUCGUGAAUACUAUUCAUUUAAAAAUUAUAUUAGUUUAAAAUUCAUUCCAUUCGGUCGUGCUGAAUCGUUGGACUCUGACGGAAAUGAAUUUAAAUGUCAUCAUGGACCAAAAGAAUGCGUUGCCAAUCGUAUUCAUUCAUGCGGUAUUCAAUACUUGACGAGCCAAGAUGCUAAGCAGCAAUUUGUUGUGUGCCAAAUGCGCACUGAAGCCGAUCAAACUGGAAAAGAGUGUUUGUCGGAGGCUGGUGGCAAUUGGUCCGAGGUCAGCGAAUGUAUUAAUGGAAAUGAAGGCAAACAGUUGCAAUUGCAAGCCGAAAAGGAUACCAAACGAAUUUCAGUGCCACGAUUGGAAAAUGUUCCAACUAUUGUUUUCAAUGAUGAAUUGAGCACGGAAUUGAAUAAAGAAGCUUUGACAGGUCUAAAGCCGGUCUUUUGCAAAUUACUCAGCGAAAAAAAUAUUCCAGAUUGCUAAAGUGUGCAAAAACCAGUAUCUUGCAUUUUACACAUUUGAAUCAAUUCAAAAUUUAAAAAAAGCAACAAUAACAACGACGAUGAUAUCAUGGAAUAUUCUCGCAACUUAUUUAUUUUCGUGUGGCUGUUAAAAAACAAACAAACUGAAAGCUUUUUAUUAUUUUCAUUAUGUUUUUAUUUUUAAUUAAAAUCUGUUUGAACUUCUGAAUAAAAUGAACCGGAUUUUUUGUGAUGGAUAA